AUGCUUUACUUGUCUUUACUUAUUGAUGAUCAACUUGAAAAAAUGAGUUUUACACAAAUGCUGUCCUAUCGGGACAGGGUUAUGACAAUUGCCCUUGGAACAGCGAGCCCCGACAGAAGUAUCUGCCUUGAGUGGAUGCUUCACGAUACUGUCCUGGCCAUGCGAAGUAUGGAUGAGGUUCUGGCAAAUGACGUUGCCCAGGGAUUUUGUCAACUUCUGCAGGCUCAGGCAUCUCAAGAGAGGAGCACAAUAAAAACUCUCGGAUCAUACCUCAAAUUUAGGGAGAUAGAUGUAGGCAGACCAUUCUACACAGCUCUCGUUAGAUUCGGUGCCAAGCUCUAUCUCACUACCCCUGAACUCAAAAAGACCGCUGCUUUGGAAAGCACCGCAUUUAGGCAUGUCAGUGUUAUGAAUGAUAUAUAUAGCUGGGAGCGAGAAUGGAAGGUAUACCAGGCGAACCCAACCGACGGUGCCCGGCCAUUUUCCGCCAUCUACAUUCUUGCCAACGAGACAGGGCUACCAUAUCCAGCAUGCAAGCGCUUGAUGUAUAGCUACUGUCGAGAAUUGGAGCUCGCUCUCAAGCAAUCCACUGAUGAAAUUCGACACAACAACAGAGAAAGCUGGACACAAGAUCUCGAGAUGUACAUCAAGGGUCUGGAAUACUUUAUGUGCGGCAUCGAGUUAUGGAGUCAGUGGACUCCGCGAUACCGACAAUGA